AUGGCCGCGCGAUCCAGCGCUGGUGAUAUCAUUGAGGAACGUCGAACAGAGAUUGUCGAGUACCACACCACGGCUCCUCCCCCUGCCGUGCACUACCACCAUCAACACCCACCGGCCCCAGCCGGUAACGGUCCUAUCAUCAUCAACGCCCAGCCCGCGCCCGCACCAGCCCCUCCUGUCGAGGUGGUCAAGACAACCACGAUUCGCGAGCAGUCCCCGGCACGGUCCAACACGACCACCUCGUACGACACAACUUCAUAUGGCACAACCACGUCAUAUGACACCUCUCUCACACCCAGGGGUCCGCCCACAGUAAUCGUCGAUGCUCGCCCACGGGAGGUGGCGCUUGUUGAGCCUCCUCGGGAUACCUGGCGCUACGAUGACAACGAUGACUUGCGAUCCGAGAUUCGGCAUCUGGAACGGCAGCUAGCCCGUCGCGAACGAUCAAAGUCCAGGCACUCGCGCCACGGCAGCCGCGGCGACCUGGUCAGGGCGGAGCAGUUGUCGACAGGCGAGCUGGUGCUAUACGAGGAAGAAAUUGAGACGAUUGAGGAGCCGGCGAGGGGAGGAGUGAGAAUCGAGAAGGAUAAACGAGGUCCUCCUCCGAGGUUGAUGAAGGCUAUGUUGGCUACUUGA